CUAAAGAGGAAGGAAAGAGCUCGCGUUUACGUUGUACAGAUAUCAAUCACCUAACCGGUCAAUUCAAUUAAACUGAACCAGUCUUAACCAUACUUAAUUUACGGUUUGGCUGGCUUAUCUACAAAUAGGAAGUGUUAAGAAAGAAGAGCAAAACCGUUAGUCGUCUUCUCCAUUCUCCAAGAGGAGGAAUAUACAGAGAAGAAAGUCAAGAAACCCCAACAUUCGCCGGCUAUGGCGGCGGCGAAGAAACCGACUCUACAAGACGUUGUUUCCGAUGACCUUAACUAUGAACUCUGGGCUCCAACCGUGAAAACUACUCUAACUGAAAAAGGACUUUGGGAUGUUGUUGAAAAUCUAAUCCCGGCGGAUCUGUCGAAGAGUCCAGAGCUAGCGACGGAGGAGACUCCACCGGAAGAUCUUCCGAAAUGGAGAGACUUUAUGGGAAAAGACAUAGAAGCGCUUCAGAUUUUGCAAUCUUGUCUCCCAGAUUCGGUUUUGAGAUUGACACUUGAGACCACUUCAGCCAAAGAUCUUUGGGAUUUGCUUAAAGAAGCUAACGAACAAGCCAAGUUAGAGAAGAAAAUCGAACAAGAUAAGAUCAAAGAAGGAGAACGUAUCUCAUCAUUGUUGAUGGAGUUUGCUAAUGACAGUUCAAAAUCCAAUUAUCUGGCCAUCGCCAAAAUGGUAAUCUCGCUGUCAGAUUCAUAUGAGAAUGAAACGGACGAACUCAUACUCAAGGGUCUAAAGAAGCUAACUUUUAACCGAUUUCGUUGGCUUCUUGAUGGAUUUGAAUCAUCGACAGUGAAUCACACCUUGUACGAAAUUUUGAAAAAAAAUGGGUAUGGAUCAUCACCACUCGAUUUGGAAAGUUUUAUCAAAUGGUUAAUCUCGAUGUCAGAUUCAUAUGAUGGUGCUGCUCUGGUGAUGGAGGAACUAAUGUGUAUGAAGAAUCUCACUUAUAACAAUUCUCGUGAGCUUUUUGAUUUGUUUGAAUUAGUACCAUUGAAGACCAUCAGUGAUAUUAUGAAUGACUUUGAGGUUGGAUCAUCAUCACAUACGAAAGAAGUUUGUUAUUCAGCCAAUGAUGUUAGGAAUUUCCUGAAAGAAGUCAAGUUAGAGAAGAAAGAAGGAGAUUGUUCUGUUUCCAUGGAUUCGAAAAGUGUCAUGAGAUCUAGGCAUGAAAGAGGAGAGUGUAUUCAUUGUGGAGGUAAAGGGCAUGUCUUCAAAGACUGCAGCAACAAAAAGAAUCAAAGCAGGAAUGUUGGUCCUGUGACAUUUGAUGAGGAUAUGUGGAUGCUAUACACCAAUACCACUAACCAUAUGACUCCAUAUAUCAAGUAUUUCAGCACUUUAGACAGAUCACGCAGAGCUCGAAUACAAUCAAUCGUGUCUCAAGGAAUGGGAGAUGUCAGGAUCAUGACCAAGGAAGGGAAGACUAAGAUGAUCAAGAAUGUGCUUUAUGUUCCGGGGAUGGACAGAAACGUGUUGAGUGUUCACCAGUUGGCAGAAUUAGGCUACAGUAUCAGAAUGAUCGAUGACAGAUGCACUAUAAAAGAUCAGAAUGGGAGAUUAUUUGGUCAAUCCUUUUUGGAAAAGAGAGGUUUUUUUCUGCGUUUGCAGGUAGUUGAAGGUAAUCUCACCUCUUAUUUUCAACAAUCGGCGGCUAUGGCGGCGACGAAGACACUGACUCUACAAGACGUAGUUUCCGAUGACCUUAACUAUGAACGAUGGGCUCCAAUCGUGAAAACUAAUCUAACUGAAAAAGGACUUUGGGAUGUUGUCGAGAACGGAGUCCCGCCGAAUCCAUCGAAGAUUCCAGAUCUAGCGACGAAGAUUCAACCCGAAGAUCUUUCUAAAUGGAGAGAUUUUGUUGCAAAAGACACAAAAGCGCUUCAGAUUUUGCAGACUUAUCUCCCAGAAUCGGUUUUCAGAUUGACACUCGAGACUGCUUCAGCGAAAGAUCUUUGGGAUUUGCUGAAAUCAGCUAACGAACAAGCCAAGUUAGAGAAGAAACUCGAACAAGUUAAGAUAGAAGAAGGAAAACGUAUCUCCUCAUUGUUCAGUGCAAAAUCCAGUUAUCUGUUUAUCACUAAACUGAUAAUCUCGAUGUCAGAUUCAUAUGAUGGUGCAGUGGAGGAACUCAUGGGUCUACAGAAUCUGACUUUUAACUGUUUUCGUCGGCUUCUUGAUGAAAUUGAAUCAUCAACAGUUGAUGAGACGUUGUAUGAAUUUGUGAAAGGAAUGGAGUUUGAAUCAUCAUACAGUUCUAAAUGUUUUAUCGCAAUGUUAGCCUCCAUGUCAGAUUCAUGUGAUGAUGGUGCAGCUCUGGUGAUGGAGGAUAUCAUCGGUGUGAAGAAUCUCACUUUUAACAGUUUUCGUGAGCUUCUUGAUGUAUUUGAAUCAGUACCAAUGGAGACCAUCGAUGGAAUUAUGGAAGGAUCUGAGGUUGGAUCAUCACUACAAUCGAAAGAAGUUUGUGUUUCAGCCAAAGUUCUUAAGGAUUUGCUAAAAGAAGCUAACGAACAAGCCAAGUUAGACAAGGAAUUCAAACAAGUUAGGAUGUUUGAAGGAGAACGUAUCUCAUCAUCACAAUCUAAAGAAGCGGAUUCGAAAAGGGUCAUGAGAUCUAGGCAUGAAAGAGGAGAGUGUAUUCAAUGUGGACGUAAAGGGCAUGUCUUCAAAGACUGUAGCAGCAGAAAUAAUCAAAGCAGGGAUGAAGAAGCAUUACCUGAGUAUCAAAUGCUAGCUUUCAAUGUUGGUCCCGUGACAUUUGAUAAGGAUAUGUGGAUGAUAUACACCACUACCUCCAACCAUAUGACUCCGUAUGAGAAGUAUUUCACCACUUUAGACAGAACACACAGAGGUAGGAUCAAAUUCAUCUUCGGACAUUCUAUCAUGUCUGAAGGAAUGGGAGAUAUCAGGAUCAUGACCAAGGAAGGGAAGAUGAAGACGAUCAAGAAUGUGCUUUUUGUUCCCAAGAUUGACAGAAACGUGUUGAGUGUUGGUCAGAUGGCACAGGCAGGCUAUGGAAUUGUAACGACUGCUCACAAAUGCACUAUAAAGGAUCAGAGUGGGAGACUAUUUGGUGAGUCCAUGUGGGAAGAGAGAGGCUUUUUUCUGCGUUUGGAGGUGGUUAAAGGUAACCUCUAAUUGCUAGACUAACUAGUAAUUGGUCUACUAUGUGGAUUUGGUUCGGUUUCUUCGGUUUUUAGUUUGGAUCAUCAGGCAUUAAUCUAGUUUUCAGGAAAAUAUUUUGGAUUACUCUAUGCUCUGCUACUGUUUUUCCGGAUAUGAACUCACCUCUUCAUUACUAGACUUACUAGUAAUCAGUUUAUUUUGCGGAUUUGGUCUGGUUUAUUCAGUUUUCAGUUUGGACCAUUGGAUUACUCUAUCCUCUGCUUUUGUUUUUACGAUAUGAACAUAUUAGUAUUGCUUA